UGUCACAAAAAUAAGAUUGAUUGAUUUUAUUCAAGAACGAUCGCCUAAAAGGUUAAAGGAAUUAUUACCUGUUUAGGAACAUUUUGGGGUACAGAAUUACAGAGACGAAAACAUCUUGAUUUCUGAAAGCAACUCAACGGAGGACAAGUUAUUCUGGGCCUCGAGCGCCCCCAUCAGAAUUAAAUGGAUUUACAGACCAAAACAAUACAUUUCACUUCUACGCUUCUGUUUUGUCACAUGGGCGGUGAGCCACUUCCGGGACUGAGAACUCUAGAGGGUACACGAGAAGGGACAUUUCGCAUUUGGUUUACACACGUGAAACCUAUGCGUGAAACCCGAAAACAUAAAUACGACUAACAGUUUGGUCCAUAAACGAUUUUUUAAUACUUAAGAAAUGAGCGUUCCAGGAGAUGAUCGCGCGACAGAGCCGGAUGACGAUCAUUAUUUCCUCGAUCAAGUGCUGAACAAGUUGUAUGAUUUUGGUGAUGGUGCUGGAAAAAGGAAAUCAAAGAGGAAAAGCAGCUCUGCUACAGAAGACCAUCAUGAGAACGAUACACAGGACAACCCACGGACCAGCCAUAACACUUACUUAGAGCUGCACGUGAAAAACGCCUCAAACUCCACAGUAUGUGAAAACACAGCAUCUGAAACUCAGCGAUCCACCGUGGAGGUUGUUACAUUCAUUGAUCCCAGGAAGAAGCACAAAGGACCAAAGAUUGUUGAACCGGUGCAGAAGGUGUCUGAUGUCAAAGAAAGUGAGAAAACAGACUUGGAAAGUAAACUUGCAAUAGAAAAGGCGCGACUUGAAGUUCACCAGUUUGGACUCUCAGGGUAUAAGAAAGGGCAGCAGAGGGUUUUCGAGCAGGACAGAGCCAUCAUGCUGGGAGCCAGACCCCCCAAAAAGCAGCAUGUUAACUACAAAGUGUAUCAACAAAUGAUAAAAGAAAAGAAGUUGAAAGAAAAGGAGGAAGCAAAGUCUGAGUUUCAGAAGCAAAAGGGGAAAGGAGGAAGAAGAGGUCCUGAAAGAAGUAAAUCAUCCUCUGGAGGGCAGCUUGGAGGGCAAGUUGGACGCUUUAAAAAUGGAGUGCUGGCCUUGAGCUCCAACGACAUUGAGAAAGUAAAUUUUAAAAGGAAAAAGUAACACUGGAUGAGUGACUGGUUCAAUUUUCAUAAAAAUAAUCCAAGACGCACUCUGAAGACAAGAAAUUAUUGAGAAUCAUGUUUUGAAAAGACUUUCCAUCAUCAUACCUAGAAUACAUUUACAGUGCUCUUAUUGUAUUGUUUGGACUUACAGUUGCAAUUAAUUUAUAAUGUUAGCUUGAUCUUUUUAAACAAAACCACAGAGGAGACCUUAUUGAUCUGUUAUUACAGUUUUAUUGUUUAUUAAAAGGGAAAAGACACAGUUUUUCUUCAAUACUAUGUACAAGAUGUACAAAAGAUCACAGCAGUAAAUAAGUCAAUGUCACAAUAUUUCUACGUGUGUGUGUUAGGGAUUAAAGGAAGGAUGUGAAAAACAGCUUGUUUUUGCUUUAAGCUCUUUAAGGAACAAAAGUACUAAUUCUUCAUUUACUCACCCACAAGUUUUUGCAAAUCUGUAAACAUUUCUUUGUCGUGAUGAACACAAAAUAUAUUUGAAGAAUGUGCAAAGCAAACUGUUCUGGGGCACCAUUGACUACCAUUGUAUUUUUCCUAAUGUGGUAGUUAAUGGAGUCCAAGAACUGUUUGGUCAAGCAUUCUUUCAGUUAUCUUUCUCUGUUUUCAUCAGCACAUUGAAGAUUUGAAACAAAGAGAGGGUAAAUGACGAUAGAUUAUUUUUAUGUGGAUUUGAUCAGCACAUUCUGCUGAUAAUUUUGCUUCAAUUACAAGCACUUUAAUGUCCCCGUUUGUUUUGUUUUGCCCUCAUACAUAUCAUAAUUCCCAAGCAGCGUCUCCAUUUGGCAAAAUGUCUAUAUCGGUUGGGAAAUGUAUCGGUCUGUAUCCAAGUUUACAAAGCAAACUGCUGCUCAGAUGUUUCAUACGGUCAAUUCUGUUUCCGUCUAAUUCAACUAUUUGAAGAGAGACAUAUUUCCUUAUCUUAACAAUUCCAUAUUAGUAUUAAAAUGCUUUAAAAAUCAGUUUUAUACUGACCAGAGAUUUUAUUAGCUACAUAAACAUACAUUUUAAAAUAUACUGUAUUACAAACAAAUCCAAUAUGACAUAAGACAACGCUGUAUAAUGUUUUGACGAGCAUCAUCCAUAUCAUUAGUAUUGGAUUUAAAGGAAUGUUUAAAACAAGUUAAUCUCUAUUAACACCAUCUGUAAUAUGCUAUAAAUUAUCACAAAAAUUACAAUAGAAUACGGAAAAAUUAAAAUAUUGAAAUAGAAAUCUGUUGAUGAAGAUUAACUUGAAUUGAACGUAAACAUUCCUUAAAAAAAAACAGAUUUCUUAAUCUGUCUCCAUUUAUUACAAACCUUCUGAUAGUUCUUGUCAGUCAACACAAAGGGAUCAAAGCUAUUUACAUGAAACAAACUCUUGAUAGAAUUGCAUUACAGUUAUCAACAACAUCCCAUGCUUUACAUUAGUGGGUCAUCAUCUGUAAUAUUAAUAUCUGGACAAAUAAUACAUACAAAUAAAUAUACUUCUCUCAGGUCUCCCUGAUACAUCGUGUAAUGGAGGUAUAAACUUAAAAUACUCUAUCUGUUAUUGCAUGGUCCUCAAGUGGCUCUUUAUGGUAAAUGUUAAAUGCGUUUUGAUGGAUGUAGGUUCUAUCUAGCUUAAGUUCAUCUACACAACUGACACUAGAUGGCAGACUAACUUUCUGGAUCAAAAUCAAUGAAAUGAAUGUGUAACUCAAGGGCUCUUCAUCGCUUUCACAGUAUUUACAGCUGUACAACAUGCAAACACAACCCUCAUGAUAUGACUGCAUUCUGAAAUCAUAUGUUCAAAAAAGAUGAAAAUUCUCAUAUUGAAUGGUGAGAUAAAGUGUUAUUAUUAUAGUUUUAUUGUAAUAAUAUUUUAAUUUGCGUAAAUAUUUGUUAUAGUUUUGUUAUGUGCUUUGUCAUUUUAUAAUUUGUUUUUAUGAAGCUAUAUUAGUUGAAUUCAUUUUUAUUUCAGUUAAUCAUUUUUGUGUUCAUUUUCGUUUAGCCUAAGUUGUUCAAAUAAUAUUUAGGCAGAUGUUUUAUUUGAUUUCAGUUAACAAAAAUGCGUUAUUAGUUUUUGCAAACUAUAUUAACGUUAUGUAGCUUAAGUCCCAUUAAACGCUGACUUGCUGGUUAAAAAUGUUAGAGCGAUGUUUAGUUGAGCCACACUGUUUUAUGGAGGGAUGAACCGAAGAAUGGCUUAGUUAGUUAGGAGAAACUAUUUUAUCAUUAAAAAAUCAGCUUUAGAUUUAUUAAGUUUAAGGGCACACAUCUAUCACAGUGUAAAGAGAUUUCAUUGGUAGAUUCUGGUUUAAUAUUCACAACAGACGUGUGAUUUCAUGCGGCACUAAGAAGACCAAUCGACAUGACAGUAUUGCGAGAGCUUCCCCAAAGCUAUGGAGUCGAACCGAAGUCUGGCACGUAUAAAGCACCAAGACCUAAUGUACUACAAAUCUGGCUCUGCCUUUGAAAGCGACAUAUGCGUUUGGGGUAAUGUGAUGUCACAGGUGGCGCUUUUGACCAAUGUUCAAUUACUGUCGUGUCAUUGGUUACUUUUGUAAUUUAACAACAUAUUUGUUUCUUUUUAGUGGUAUCACCUAAACCAGUGGUUCUCAAACUGUGGUACACCGACCCCUUAUGGUACUUGAAGGACCCCUAGUGCUACGUGACCCGACAGAAAAUAAAGAAUUCUAUAUAUUACCGUAAUUUACAUUUUGUGUUUUAAAUUAAAAAAAUAUGUUUAAUACAUGAUAGAUAAAUGCAAGUCCCCACAAAGUUAAUAAAUCCCUCAUAAGAGUAAUUUACAGAGCCCUGUUUACAGUGCUCUACAGAAAAGUGUUUUGUCUCAACUAUUACUGCUGACUAACUUGAAAAACAUGGAAAAAAACAUGUUCUUUAGUUUGAAAACAGCUGGUAAAUACAAAACUGUUUGUAUUAUUUAUAAUACUUUAGAAUUGGAGGGCUUGGUGUAAAGAUAAAAAUUCACAGCUCGACUAUUAAUUUGAGUGUUUAUUCGUAUGAUUUUCUACAGCAGUCAUAAGGUGCUACUUGAUCUGGAAAGUUUGAGAACCACUGCGCUAAAGCAAUCGAUACCAUUACUAUUGCCAGUACAUUCAUAAUACCAUAAUUUGAGAUGUGAACACACUCGUAACCACCUCGUAUCAAACUUGCAUAACUAUUACAAAAUAAGCAAUGACCAGUAAAAAUGUUAAACUUAUCAAGGUGUCAAAAUGAAGCUGGACAAUAAAGACUUACGACCCAAGCCAUAUCUUAACACCAGACACUUGGGAUGGGGCUGUUUUGACAAACACUGUAAAAACUGUAAUUUUACAUCAUUUUAAGGUUGUUGUAUUUACAGAUUUUUCACAUAUAAUGUAAAAACUUG